AUGCCACCAAAAGCCGUGAUAGCGCGCCUCUCAAAAGGCGACCACAAUCCUCACCUCUUUACCAUUCGCCCAUUCCCAACUCCAGUCUCCCAUAAGACAUUUCUACGUAUCAACCUGAACCGCGGCUCUCUGAACAAUCUCGACAUCAAAUCUGGCGACCUAUGCCACAUCACCACUGCCGAGAUCUCGGAGACCGCCAAAACACCCAUUAUACCCGCUAUUGCAUGGCUCGCCUCCGACGCGCAUCUGCAAAAAGGAAUCGCCCUUAUUUCUGAUAAUGUUCGCACAGCUUUGAGUGUAGGCUUCGAAGAUAAAGUCCUAAUCGGAAAGUACACCGAGAAGGUUGAGGACGCCGUGAGCGUGUUUGUCAAGGAAAUUGAGUACGAGGAGCCGCUACCGACUGCUGCUAGGCCUGGGACGACAGUACCAAAGAAAAGUAGGGUUGGGAUUGAGAAAAACCAAAUUGAGGGCUGGCGAUGGUUUCUGGAACAUGUCCUUGUGGAGACAAAAUAUAUCUCGGAGGGCCUGAUUCUCAACGCAAUCGAAUACAAGGGCGUGAAACGAGCCUUCCGGAUCGAAAAGAUCGUUGCAAAAAACUUGCCCCGGGAGAUUAAUGACGAGCACUCGGUACCUGCAUAUAAGAUGACUGAGUCCACGAUCAUUGAGCUCACCACCGACUCUGCUGACCCUUGCAGCUCUAGACCUAGUCCCGCUAGAUCAAAACUUACUCGAGCUCCCCGAGCUUCAGUAGUGGAAGAAAAUCCACCUGUCACGAUCGCCCUACCCUCCCGUACCACCUUUGCCUCUAUCGGAGGCCUCUCGAAGCAGAUAGAUGCCCUUAAGACCCUUCUCUUGUCGACACUAUAUCAAUCCCACCACUUCACACGCUUCAAUUUAACACCACCGCGUGGAAUCCUCCUCUAUGGCCCUCCCGGUACGGGAAAGACGCUCCUCCUCAAAGCUAUUGCAUCUGAGCUCUCCGCAAACUGCUUCGUUCUCAACGGCAGCAUUGUCGGGAAAUACAUGGGCGAGUCAGAAGCUGCUGUUCGCCGUGUCUUUGCUGAAGCUCGUGCACACCAGCCCGCAAUUGUGUUCGUCGACGAGGUCGAUAGUCUUGCACCGAAGCGUACGGCGGGUGACAGUGGCGAAGGUAGAGUGGUGACGACACUGCUAACAGAGAUGGACGGGCUUGACUAUAGUGGCGGCGGUGAAGUAGUGAAGGUUGUUGUUGUUGCAGCCACAAACAGGCCGAAUGCGGUUGAUGGGGCGUUGAGGAGACCCGGAAGGUUUGACAGAGAGAUUGAGGUCGGGAUUCCGGAUGUGGAUUCGAGGAGGGAGAUAUUAGAGGUGCUGAUGAAGGAGCUGCCAUUUGAAGGGCGGGAGGGGAAGGGGAAGGAAGAAUUUGUAAAGGAGUUGGCGGCGCGGACGCACGGGUUUGUGGGAGCGGAUUUGGAGUCGUUGGUUAGGACUGGGUUUACAGUCGGACUCAAGAGACUUGAGCUGGUUGAGGGACAGAAAGAGGAAAAGAUGGAGGAGGAAGUGGUUAUUCGAGAGAACGACAUUGAGGCGGCCUUGAAAGACGUGCGGCCCACAGCAAUGAGGGAGAUAUUUCUGGAGCCACCGAAGGUCCGAUGGUCCGAUAUCGGCGGCCAGGAAGAAGUCAAGCAGCGCCUCCGAGAAGCUGUAGAAUGGCCAUUGACUCACCCUGAAGUGUUUUCCCGCCUCGGUGGUACCCCUCGCAAAGGUCUUCUCCUUUACGGCCCUCCGGGGUGCUCCAAAACUCUCACCGCUAAGGCCCUCGCCACCGAAGCCGGCCUUAACUUCAUGGCUGUCAAAGGACCUGAGCUCUUCAGCAUGUAUGUUGGCGAGUCAGAACGUGCCGUCCGCGAAAUCUUCCGGAAAGCCCGUGCGGCAAGUCCUAGUAUUAUUUUUUUUGAUGAGAUCGAUGCCCUCAGCGCAUCACGGGAGGGUAGACAGGGCAAGAGUGGUGGUGGCGGCGUUGGGGCGAGUGUACUGACGGCCUUGUUGAAUGAGAUGGACGGCAUCGAGAGCUUGAAGAACGUCACUAUCCUUGCGGCGACGAAUAGGCCCGAGAUUAUUGAUCCGGCACUCCUUCGCCCCGGGCGCCUCGACACUAUUCUGUAUGUCGGCCCGCCAGAUCUCGAUGCGCGUAAACAGAUCCUUCAAAUAAAAACAAAGAAGAUGUCGAUUUCGCCAGACGUAGACUUGGAUAUUCUAGCAAAGAAGAUGGACGGAUACUCCGGCGCGGAGAUUGUAAAUAUUUGCGACGAGGCCAUUCAUUAUGCCAUGCGCGAAUCGUUUGAUAUCGACGCUGUUGGUAAAACGCAUUUUGAUCAAGCUAUGGAGAAGGCAGUGCCACAGAUCACGCGCGAUAUGAGGAUGAGGUAUGAGAGGUGGUCUGUGGGCGGGGUGAAAAAGAUAUAG